AUGUGUCCCGUGUGUGGGCAGGAGGUUGAGUCUAUUUACCAUGCUCUUUUCAAGUGUGUUGGUGCUAAGAAUGUUUGGGAGUUGUGGGAGGAGUGCCCAAUGGUGAUAGGGACUGAAAACAUGGAUUUUUCAAAUUUAGCUUUAAAGAUGCUAGAGUGUGGUACUCCGAGAGACAUGGAGCUAUUGAUUGUGGUGGCUUGGGCAAUUUGGUGUAGUAGAAACUUGAGAGUGUUUGAGAUGGUUUGUCAGGGGGCGGAUCAAGUAUGGAAUCAUGCUAUCAGUAUGCUAUUUGAUUUCAGAGAGGCUGUGAAAUUUUGUGGGCUGGGUCCUUUGGCUUGUGAGGUUAGGUGGAAAAAACCUCAAGUUGGGGUCUUCAAGAUAAACACUGAUGGAGCUACGGAAGUUGAUGGUAGGUGGUCAAGCAUAGGAGUGGUCAUUAGGGACUCUAGAGGAGAGGUGGCUGCUACUCUUUGCAGAGUUCUUCCUGGCUGCUUCUCGGUGGAUGAGACAGAGGCAUUGGCUAUAGAGGCAAGAAUCAUUCUUGUAAGAGAAUUGGACCUGCAUCAAGUCAUUGUGGAAUUAGAUUCUCUUUUAGUUGUUCAUCAAAUUUUGGCGAAAGAUUUCAAUGGAGGUCUAGGCCAUAUUGUCCAUGGUAUUUCGGGUUUUCUUGAAGGUUUUCAUAGCUAG